UGAGGUUAAGCCAAAGAUAAGCGCUUAAUCAGCUGUUUUAUUUACUAUUUAUUUUUAUGCUUUUUUAAAUAUUAAAAAAAGAACAAUUAGUUUUAUCAGGCUCUUGUUACCAAAUGAAUAUUUGUCAACGCAAUUUGCUGGGUACUGUGAAAAACGUUUUUUUGUGUAAAAAUAUUUCAUUCAAUAGGCCCAAAACUUUUUUGAAUAAGGCUUGUUUAAGGGAGAUUCAUUCCACAACAAGUUUUGCCAUAUCAACUACAAUUUUAGGAGUGAAAAAUACAGAACUAAAAAACGAACUGGAAUCAUACAAACCACAAGAAAAACCCACAAUGGACAAAUUUAGGCUUCCCAUCACUGUAAAGCCUAGCAUUUACGAUUUAUAUCUUAAGCCUGACUUGGACACAGGAUUGUUCAGUGGGGAAAUCGAGAUUUUGGCCAGUGUUGCCUACAGUCCAAGCACAAUUUCCCUGCACAGUAACAAAUUGAAUAUUACCGGGGUAAAAAUUGAUGGAAAUGUUGGAAAAUUUUUUGUUGAUAGUGAUCAUGAGUUGUUGACAAUUUCCAAGGAGGAUGGGAGUAAUUUCGAAAAUGGGGGGGUUAAAUUGAAGAUAGAAUUUGGGGGUGAUAUGAAAAAUAGGAUUGUCGGGUUGUAUACUAGUACUUAUCUUACAGAGACUAAUGAAAAAAGGCAAAUUGCAACAACCAAAUUCGAGCCCACCUAUGCAAGACAAGCAUUUCCAUGUUUCGAUGAGCCCAAUUUAAAAGCAACUUAUAGGGUUAAAAUUCUAAAACCUAAAGAUAGCAAUUACAUAGCUCUAUCCAACAACCCUCAAGAGAGCGUUGAAGAUGUAGAAAAUGGUCAAAUAGUAACAUUCAAGGAAACUGUACCUAUGUCCACUUAUUUGGUAUGUUUCAUAGUGUCCGAUUUUCAAAGUACUGACACAACAUUCGACAAUAAUGGAACACCAAUACCUUUCCGAGUUUUUGCAACUCCACAGCAGCUUAGUAAAACGACAUAUGCUGGAGAAGUCGGUAAAAAAGUUAUCGAGUAUUAUGUCUCAUACUUUGGAAUACCAUAUCCUCUACCCAAACUAGAUAUGGUAGCAAUUCCAGAUUUUGUAUCUGGUGCCAUGGAACAUUGGGGCUUAGUUACUUACAGAGAAACUGCUUUACUGUAUACCGAAAAAACUCAUUCCCAAGCAAAUAAACAAAGAGUUGCAACUGUCAUUGCUCAUGAGUUGGCCCAUUCAUGGUUUGGAAAUUUAGUAACAAUGAACUGGUGGAGCGAUCUGUGGCUAAAUGAAGGAUUUGCUUCAUAUAUUGAAUACAAAGGAGUUGAUCAUGUGCAUCCUGAUUGGGGAAUGUUGGACCAAUUUUUGGUGGAUGAUUUACAUGCAGUAUUAUCUCUUGAUGCAACUCUUGGAUCUCAUCCAAUCAUAGUGAAAGUAGAAACCCCAGACCAAAUUACUGAAGUUUUUGAUACAAUUUCGUACAACAAGGGUGCUUCUGUACUCAGGAUGUUGGAGAACACCGUAACUGCUAGUAUUUUCGAAAAAGGCGUUAAAAACUACUUAAAUAAGCAUAAAUUCGGCAACGCUGUCACCCAAGAUUUGUUGGACGAGUUGGAAACACUUGUUGGUGAAAAAUUAAAUGUAACAGAAUUUGUGAAUACUUUUACCAUUCAAAUGGGCUAUCCAAUACUGAAUGUAACUGUUGAGGGUGAUAAAUAUACUUUCAAACAGAAACGGUUUUUGAAAGACGAAAGUAUGGUUGAUAAAACAAACACUCCCUACAAUUACAAAUGGACAGUUCCAAUAACUUAUGUAACAGAUCAGGGAAAAUCUACUGAAUAUAUUCUAUUUAAACAUACUGAUGACAGUGUCACCAUUACCAAACCCGCUACCGCAAAAUGGAUAAAAUUCAACUACGACCAAGUCGGUUAUUACAGAGUAAACUAUCCAAAAACCGAAUGGAAUAAUUUGAUCAACGUCUACACAAGCCUAAGUGUAGCCGAUAGAACUCAUUUGCUGGAAGAGUCGUUCAGUGUUGCUGAAGCUGGACAGCUCAGCUACGAAAUUCCGUUGAGUUUAACGCAAAAACUUACUGAAGAAGUGGAUUAUGUACCGUGGAAUGUCGCUGCUUCAAUGUUGAAAAAAAUCAAAGGAUUCUUGAAGGGUGAAGUCGAAACUAACUUUAAGAAAUACAUCCAAAGGAUUACAAACAAUGCCUAUAGUAAGUUGACCUGGACUGAAAAUGUAGACGAUGGUCAUCUGAAGAGACUUGCAAGAGUGGUGGUCCUUAAUUUAGCUUGCAGUGUGGAUCACGAGGAAUGCUUGGCUGCAGCUACGGAAAAGUUCAACGAAUGGAUUCAAAAUAUUGAAACGGUUUCUUUAUCUCAAGAUUUGAGAGGCCUUAUUUAUCAAUUCGGAAUGAAGACUGCAAAUGAAAGUACUUGGAAUAAAAUGGCUGAUGUUUAUGUUAAGGAAAGCGAUGCCAACGAAAAAUUAAAGAUUCUUAAGGGUUUAGCUUCCGUUAACAAGGAAGACUUACUUAAGAAUUUAUUAACAAAAGGAGAAGAUGAAAGCUUUGUGAGAAGUCAAGAUUACUUUUCGCUAUUGGCUUACAUUUCAGCCAAUCCGCUUGGAGAGUCACUUGUUUGGGAUUACGUUAGAACUAAUUGGGAAAAAUUGGUCCAAAGAUUCACCCUAAACGACAGAAAUUUCGGUAGAAUGGUUGGAACCAUUACAAGCGAUUUUAGUACUGAAGAAAGACUUAAAGAGAUGCAAGACUUUUUUGCCAAAUACCCCAAUGCAGGCGCUGGGGCAUCAGCUAGAGUACAGGCACUAGAAAAAGUCAACAACAAUAUCAAAUGGAAAAACGCUUACCAAAAGAACAUCGAAGAUUGGAUAACAACAAAUGCACCAAAAAAAUUGUAAAAUAAUUAAAAUCAGGAUGUUUUUACGAAGUGUUUUGUAAAUAAACAAAAAUAUUUUCAAACCAAAUUAAUCUUUUUUAUCAAUAAAUAUGGCAAAUGCGCCAAAUUUGGUG